UGCUGUCAAUUACAGGACAAAUCUCUUCCGGGUUAUUUUUUUUUCUCAAGAUACGUUUCUGGUUGGGCUUCGGGUUUCGGGGCAACAUCGUGUUUUGCAGCGUCUGCAACCAUGGCUCGAAAUGCAGAGAAGGCGAUGACUGCUUUGGCAAGAUUUCGCCAAGCUCAGCUAGAAGAAGGAAAACUUAAGGAGCGAAGACCUUUCCUUGCAUCAGAAUGUAAUGAAUUGCCCAAAGCUGAGAAAUGGAGAAGACAGAUUAUCGGUGAAAUUUCUAAGAAAGUGGCCCAAAUUCAAAAUGCUGGUUUAGGUGAAUUCAGAAUUCGUGAUUUGAAUGAUGAAAUUAACAAACUCCUAAGAGAGAAGGGGCAUUGGGAGGUCCGAAUAAAGGAGCUGGGAGGACCUGAUUAUGCAAAAAUUGGCCCUAAAAUGCUUGACCAUGAGGGAAAAGAAGUUCCAGGAAACAGAGGUUAUAAAUACUUUGGAGCAGCUAAAGACCUACCCGGCGUUCGAGAGCUUUUUGAAAAAGAGCCCCUUCCUCCUCCACGGAAAACUCGAGCUGAACUCAUGAAAGCUAUUGAUGCAGAAUACUACGGCUACAGAGAUGAGGAUGAUGGUGUCCUGGAACCGCUGGAACAGGAGCAUGAAAAAAAAGUUAUUGCAGAAGCAGUGGAAAGGUGGAAGGUAGAGAGAGAAGCACAUCUUGCAAGAGGUGACAAGGAAGAUGAGGAGGAAGAAGAAAACAUUUAUGCAGUAAAUGACAAUGAGUCUGAUGAAGAAAAUGGAAUGAAAACAGAUGGUGAGGAUAGUCAGCAGAAGUUUAUUGCUCAUGUCCCAGUUCCAUCACAACAGGAGAUUGAAGAAGCUCUUGUCCGAAGAAAGAAGAUGGAACUUCUUCAAAAAUACGCCAGUGAAGCUCUUCUGGCUCAAAGUGAAGAGGCUAAAAGACUUCUAGGAUUAUAGUAAUUGCCCCUUCUAUUUUUUAUAAUCUAUCUUGAGUCUACAGAAUCAUUAUCUUCUUGAUUCUCUAGAAAUAAGACUUUGCAAGUUCUAGAAUGAAAAUGGUCAUUUUUUCCAAAAUACAUUUUAUUACACAUUUUUCACUCUAUCCUAACUUAUGAGAAUUUAUUCAUUUUCAGUUUCCACCUUCAAGCUCUAAAUAGCUAGCCUGUUUUGAAUUUAUCUUUGUCCACCUAUUUUCCUCUUUGUUUUGUUUUACCUUAGUAAUAACUGUUAAAUUAGAAAGUAACGUUUUGUAUGAGUCUUCACUUCAGUAAAAUGUUGAGUAGCUCUUAGAAGAUUUAUUAUAUUUAAUUUUGUCUAUCAUGUGUAAAUUUGUAAUUGUCAGACAUUUCUACAUCUGUGGAAUGGUAUUUUAUUUUGAGUUUUCAAGAGAACUGAAAUGUUCAAUACAGUUAAUAUGGAACUAUGUAUUAUACUACUGGAAAAAACACUCACUUGGCUGGGUUUUUGAAAUGCUGAAUAUUUCAGCAAAUAAAAUUGUAAAUACUUUUUUAUAAAA